CAGAUCAGCCACACCCACUCCUCAAACAUCACAUUCAUAAUACCCUAUCUCUCUCUCUCUCUGCUAUUAUUAUUCUCUGCAAAGUCACAGCCCAUCAGUGGUCUCUCUGUUAGCAGAAGAGACCUCUGUUGGAUGCUUUCUUGUGUUGUUUUAGUUGCCUUCUGAAUCUCUCAUCAGCUAAUUAAAGCUCUCAUUCUUCACUUACAGCUACUUGUUAGCUUAUUUUGGGAGAUAUGUCUGCUUCUCUCAGCAAGAGCCUAACUCGCUCACCAUCUUCUCAUUUCAUGAAGAGGAAUAUUAUGGAGCACGAAGCCAGUAAGGUCAUCACUGAGAAGCAGGGCAUCGUCACGAUUCUUGGCCCGUCUGACUCUGAAAGAACCAAAGCUGCUUCCCUGCGACGAACACUGUCUGCGGACAUGUCCUCCAAGAGAUGGCUGGCUCAACAUGGUUUCUUCCCCAUGAAAAAGAUUGCAUCCUCUGAAGAACUCUCCGCCUCCAUCGAUACGCAGGACAACACUUCUUCAUCGUCAGAAGACGAAGAUCGUUACCAAGAAAGGAAGGGAAAGUUCCUUAUUUGGAGCUCACUUGAUGAAGAAGAUCAAAAGAAGAAGAUGAGCAAAGCCGACGCUGAGAAGAAGCAGCAGGGACAACUCGAUCUGUGGAGCUCAAUUAUAUGUCAAAAGGCCAAUGAAGAGGCCAACAAGGCGGUUGAUACAGCAGCACCUUAUGUUCAUCCUCUUGUGAAGAAACAAUCAAGCUCUUUGACUGUAAAGAGCCUUGAAGUGUGCACUGAGAGUCUCGGAUCGGAGACUGGCUCUGAAGUGUUUUCGUCGUACCCUCCUUCGGAGACUGGUGACAUAGAAGUACUGGACAAAGAACAGGAAGAAGAUCGAGCUGAGUUUCCACGACAACAAGAAGAAGAAAAAGAAAAAGUACGGGUGGCACAAGCAUUUGACGGGGAAGAAUUUCGAGUUGUCAAGUACAACUCUGCUGCCAGUAAGAAGUUGCCUCCAACUCGAUCAUUCCCUCCGCCCCUUCCGUCUUUGUCAGGAUGUGACGGGACAUCUGUUCGCAUGAGGACUCAUCGCAACAACGGACGAGUAGUCCUCGAAGCUGUGUCCAUGCCUUCACCGAAUAACUUCCGUGCCCAACGCCAAGAUGGUCGCCUUGUCCUCACUUUUCUUGCUACUACUCCAAGCUCUUGUGAGGAGACUGAGAGUGAAGAGGUUGUUGAUAAAGAAGAGCAAAGUAGAGAGGAAGACUUUGAGGAGAAUUUUGUGAACUUUCAGGAAGGAGGGGAAGAAAAAGAAAGUGAAAAAAGUGAUGAUGAUAAUGAUGGUGAUGAUGAUGAGGAGGAGGAGAAAGCAACAAAAGAAAAUGGAAUCAAAGAAAGAGAAAUUGUGAUGGAGGAAGCACCAAAAGUGCUAACAAGUAGGGUGACAAAUGUUCAUAGGCUAGCACUAAUGAUGAAUAAGCCCAUUGGGUUUGCUAAUAAGACUCAUGGGUGGGCUAACAAGUUCAAUGAAGUAGUGAAGUAUGGAGGGGAUGAUGAGGAGGUGGAAGUAGUGGAGCCAACCCCACUAGCAAAGUCACUCCCACCCCGGCCCGGCCGCGUGGCACGGUUGAUACCAAAGCCGCCGGCGGCAGCAAAAGCAGCGGCAGCAGCAGGCUCUUUCAACGCUUACGAGUACUAUUGGCGCACCAAGCCCACAGCAACAGCGGCUCUUAAUCCUCUUCCACAAGCAACGUCCCAAUCCCUCAAGAGCAAUGGCUUUAUGUCCAAGAAUCAAGUGGCAAAUGAUCAGCAACAAUUGCUCGUUUUGAGAGGGAACAAAGGGGAUCACUUGGCUCCUUUUUCAAAGGGUUGCAAAGAGCCUAGAAGGUCUCUUCUAUUUUGGGAGCCUUAUUGCAUUGCCACCUCUUGAUGAUCCAAAUCCUCGUAACCCACUGUUAAUCCAAAUCCUUGAUUACUUACUACCCAUUAUUAAUUUACUCGAACUAUCCCUCUGUGUCUUGUUCCCUCCACUCUUGUAGGGUUUGUGUAGUCAAAUAAAAGAAAAAGAAGGGAGAGAGGAAA